AUGGCGGGACCACGAGGAGGACUUGUGAUUGGAAAUGAUCCCGAACGAUAUUUAGAAAGAAGAAAUGGAUUCGAUUAUUUGAUGCUGACAUUGAUAUAUCCAGAAGCGGUGUGUCGAGCCGACGAUGACACGAUUCGAGAUUCGUGUGAAGUGCCCGCAAACACUCCCAAAUGGACACUUCACGGACUAUGGCCAAAUUUCGCCAAUGGAAGUUACCCACAAUUUUGCACUCGUCAAAAGUUUGACAUCAAUGAGGUGGCAUCGAUAUUGCAGGAAUUAAAAUCGGAAUGGCCAAAUCUUUACCCAAAACAAACGAUUUCUUCGCUGUGGAAACAUGAAUGGGAAAAACACGGAACUUGCGCUCAAAUCGAUCCAAUUCUCUCCUCUCAACUCAAGUAUUUUAAUAGUACACUUCAACAACUCUCACGUUUCCACGUCGACAAGGCGCUGGCUGAUCAACGAAUUGUGCCAUCUAUGAAUCAAUAUUCGGUGAAUGAAAUCAAUUAUGCAUUAAGGAAAGGAUUGGCGAAUGGGAAAAACAUUCAAUUCAAUUGCCUCACUGAUAAAAAGACUCAUCAAACAUUGUUGGGUGAUGUGCGAAUAUGUCUGGAUUUGAAUUUGAAUGUCAUUGAUUGCCCGCAUGUCGGAGAAAGAAGGCUUUCCUUUGCACCACAUCUUCCGAAUUUUCAACCAUGUCGUGGUGAUAUCACUUAUCUACUUUCUGAUUCCGAGACAAUGCUUCAACACCUCGUCGACACUUCGUUUCGGGUGAUGCCAGUACCAAUGCUGGUUGGAUUGAGUCUUCCAAUUAUCGGAAUGCUUACAGCUAUCGUUUUCCUUAUAAUUCUUAUGAUAUCUUUAUGCAAUUACAAUUGUGAGAUUUUAAAGAAAAACGAUAUCGAUCUUUUCCCAUGCCUUAAACCACUUGGGAAAAUCAAAGAAAAACUUCUAAAUCGUUAUGUUGCAUUAAGGUCA